AUGAAAAAUCGGGUCCGCGCGCCCAUGGCGGUGGCGAUGCCGUGCAAGAGCGCCGAGUGGCUGCAGGAGGAGCUGGAGUCGGGCGGCGGCGCGUCGCUGCUGCUGCUGGACUGCCGGCCGCACGAGCUCUUCGAGUCGUCCCACAUCGAGACGGCCAUCAACCUGGCCAUCCCGGGCCUCAUGCUGCGCCGCCUCAAGAAGGGCAACCUGCCCAUCCGCUCCAUCAUCCCCAACCACGAGGACAAGGAGCGCUUUGCCAAGCGAUGCAAGGCGGCCACCGUGCUGCUCUACGACGAAGCCACCGCCGACUGGCAGGCAGAGCCCGGCGCGCCCAGCUCUGUGCUCGGCCUCCUGCUGCAGAAGCUGCGCGACGACGGCUGCCAGGCCUAUUACCUCAAAGGUGGUUUCAACAAGUUUCAGACGGAAUACUCGGAGCACUGUGAGACCAGCCUGGAUAGUUCCUCUCCCAGCAACUCUCCCCCGGCCUCCGUCCUGGGCCUGGGCGGCCUCCGCAUCAGCUCCGACUGCUCGGACGGAGAGUCCGAUCGAGAGCCUGGCAGCGCCACCGAGUCGGACGGCAGCCCCCUCCCCUCCAACCAGCCCGCCUUUCCCGUCCAGAUCUUGCCCUACUUGUAUUUGGGUUGUGCCAAGGACUCCACCAACCUGGAUGUUCUGGGGAAGUACGGGAUCAAGUACAUCCUCAACGUGACGCCCAACCUGCCCAACAUGUUUGAACACGGAGGCGAGUUCAAGUACAAACAGAUCCCCAUCUCUGAUCACUGGAGUCAGAAUCUCUCCCAGUUCUUCCCCGAAGCCAUCACCUUCAUUGACGAGGCCCGCUCCAACAAGUGCGGCAUCCUGGUGCACUGCCUGGCCGGCAUCAGCCGCUCCGUCACAGUCACUGUGGCCUACCUGAUGCAGAAAAUGAACCUGUCGCUGAACGACGCCUAUGACUUUGUAAAGAGGAAAAAGUCCAACAUCUCCCCGAACUUCAAUUUCAUGGGGCAGCUGCUGGACUUCGAGCGGACCCUGGGCCUGAGCAGCCCCUGUGACAAUCGUGUGCCCAGCGAGCAGCUGUACUUCACGACGCCCACCAACCACAACCUUUUCCAGCUCAACACCCUUGAGUCGACAUGAGGCCGGGCCCCCGCAGCGGGGGGUUGUGCUUUUGGAUUCUCGCAAAGGAACUGGAGCUUCGAGCAUUUCACAAACCGAGACACACCACGUGACGUGGGCUGCUGGUGAGAGCCACCCGUGGGCCCCUUCCUCUGGGGGCCUCCACCUCCGAGGCCUUGCUUCCCCCAGCUGUAGAAGGGCCGUUUGCUGCUUUUUAAGACGGAAGAGAAAAUAUUCCGUGUGGGGCUGCGUUGAGGCUCCUUCUGCCCCGUGGUGAUUGCGGAGGGCAGUGGCCGCAGUGCAAUGGUCACCAGGGUAAGUGCUCUGGGGAAGCCUGGACACAGACUCAUCGACAGGCCAGCCGAGAAGCGCCAGCACCCUUGGAGCCUUCCCGAAGAGCCCCAACAUGGUGGUGACGUUUGUUAAA